UUUCGCUCCCAGUUAGGGGGCUGGAAUAAAUGACAUCAUUAAUUCAAUUCCCAACCCUCGGAGAAAAAAAAACAGUGAUUGCUUAUCUAUUACAACGAUAAGCACUCUUUGGGUGAGAAUGGAAGGACUUUCUUGAAUUGGAAUGGUUUCCUUCCCAAUCAAUAUAACCUUUGCCAUUUCUGGAUUGGCCACGGUUCCUUUAUCGGUGUGGGGUUCGGGGAGGGGCGUCCUGUCCUGACGGGAAUGGCGGAUGGGUUGGCUGGGCAUCUGGGGCGAGGGAGCGAUGGGGGUUUAACAGAAUAAUAUAGAAUUAUUACAUUUACAUUCCAAGAAGUAUUCUGUUUAUCGUCAUGGAUUUGGAAAAUACUCUCGCGUUCUGCUUGGGUCUGAAAGCGGAGGAGAUGACCAUCUCCCUGCAGCAGGAACCAGAUGUGACCACCGUGAAGAUGAGAGUAUCUCAGAAGGUUCCGGACAUGGAUGGCAUUAGCAAGGGCGUGGAGUACCAGGGAGCUGGCAGCCAGCCCAUUAUUGCCAGUCCGAAAUACUGCCCCGGCGUCAACAACAACGGGGGAUAUCUGUGUGAGAGUGGCCACUGCUGUGGAGAAACUGGCUGCUGCACCUACUACUAUGAGCUGUGGUGGUUCUGGCUCCUCUGGACCGUCCUGAUCCUGUUCAGCUGCUGCUGCGCGUACCGCCACCGCCGGGCCAAGCUUCGGAUCCAGCAGCAGCAGAGGCAGAGGGAGAUCAACCUCAUCGCCUACCACGGCGCCUGCAACUACCCCACCUCCAUGCUGGACCUCAGUUUCUUGGCCUCCCUCAAGCUCCCGUCCUACGAGGAGGUCGCUGCCCGGCCCAACACCCCUCCCCCCCCUUACAGCACCGUGUUCGCCCUCCAGGGGGGCGGCCACUAUGCCCACGCGGGCCCGAGUGGCUUAGCGUCCUCCCCGAGCUCGGACAACUACACCAGCUGCUCCUGCGAGUCCUGCUCGGCCACCUCCCCCUGCAGCACCUCCUUCUCCGUGCAGGUGACCGACGAGACCGACACCAGCAACGCCACCACGCCCAGCGAGGCGGGCGAGUCCCGGCCACCCAGCGCCGCCGAGCCCCCGGGGCCCGCCUCCCCGCUGACCCCGCCCCCUCCUCCUCCUCUUCCUCUGCCUCCCCCUCCCGCUGCUCCCGCGGCCCCAGUCCCCCUCACGGACCCCUUGGGGGUGUUGGCGGAGCAGAAAGACGAGGAGGCCCCCGGCAAAGAGCCAGCCGCGGAGGGGGACGGGCCUCCCCCAAAGCCCGCCCAGUCUGUCCCCAAACAAACGCUCUUCUCCUCCAAUGUGGACUUCUUCGAGCCGGACGGCCACACCACAGGCGCCUCGGAGGGCGAGGAGGACGCCGACGAGAACCACUUCCGCCACCGGCGGCUGACGGGCGACUCGGGCAUCGAGGUGUGCCGCUGCCAGGUGGAGAGCGAGGAGGAGGAGGAGGAGGAGGAAGAGGAGGCGGCGGCAGGGGCGGGGGCAGAGGCGGGUGAAGGGGCGGAGCCGGGGGAACGGGAGGAGGCCGAGGGGCAGGAGGAGACCGGCUUCCUCCACGACAGCAUCGACUGCUCCGCCCGGGCCCACGCCCACGCCACCCUGGCCCAGCCCCCGCCCGAGGAGUGCGCCAGCCUGUGUGGCUCCGCCCCCAUCCUGCAGAGGGGCGGGGAAUGCGUCAUCACUGUGGAGACCGUGUGAGGGUCUUGCGGUGUCCGGCAGGGGCUGCAGACGAGUGGCGUUAAUUGCUCCGAAAACACCAGAGGAUGAUGGGAAUGUGGCAGAACUGAGCGCGUCUGUCCGUAGGAACGCCGAAGGAGCGCGGUGGACUUUCGGCGCGGUGUCGCUCACGUCCUGAGUACCGCCUCGGAAUGAACGCACUGACGAAAUAAAGGUCCGUGCGAUACGUCUGUGUGGAUCCAUCGAGAAAUAACCUAUCUGGAGUUUCUGAAAAAAUGCAAACAACAUUAACUAAACAAAUGAAUGUGCAGACUCAUUUAUCAUUCAUUUCCAUUUGUGCGCGGAACAACCUUGGUUAUGCAAACCAAGAACAAAAGGGGGCGUUUUUUUCGUCUUGUUCAAGAAGACAAAAACAAAUUGUGAAGACGGAGCUUGGAGUUCCUCGGCCCUGCGGAGGUACGUGACGAAAGCUGGCGGCUGACACGGGCAGCGUGAGGUCAUCGCGCGCCACGGAAACAGCCCGUAUGUUCGCAUGGCCCCGUCAACAAGAAAUGUGUGCACUUAACCCUCCUCUGUCCGUCCUCGGCUGAUCAACAGCUGCUGUUGUCAUGGGGAUAGAGGGAGGGCUCUCCAACCAGCCUACCUUAAAAGGAUCCCUCCCUCAGACUAGACUUUCUGUUGCUCCCAUUGAUCCUCUAUGCUGCUUGGACUGCUUGUUGAUUCAAAGGCAAUAAUGAUAAUUAUUAUUAUAAUAAUUAUUAUAACUAUAGUAAUAAUAAUGUGCUUGAUUGUUUCCUGCGAGUUGAGGCCUGGCAGAGGAUUUAGUGAGUUUGGGGUAUCCCUUUAUUGAUGAAUGUUUAAAAUACUACCGGUUGUGGUGUUGGAUUCUUGGCAAAGACUCUGUUCCUUUUACCUGAUGCUGUUUACAAGCAGCUUCGGCAAGACUCUAAUACAGGGCUGCCCAACCCUGUUCCUGGAGACCGACCAUUCUGCAGGUUUUCAUUUCAACCUUAACAAAGCACACCGCAUUAAACAGAUCUUGUUGAGAUCCCUAAAGAUCUCGUUGAGCUGCUAAGAAUUAGUAUCAGAAUCAGGUAUGCUUUAUUAGGGCUGAAAUGGAAACUUGCAGGACAGUAGACCUCUGGGAACAGGGCUGGGGAGCCAUGCUAUGAUAGCCGUACGGAUUCCAGAUGCAUAUGAACAGCUGUGUGUUGCCUGAACCACCAGCCCUUUUAGCAGCUCUCGCCCUUAUCAGCCAGCCCCUAGCCCCCAGACUAGAGGGCGCUGUCGAGGUUCACAGUGAAGGCCUGGUGGAUGCCCUGCGAGAGCCUGGCUCGAAUUCCUCUCAUCACUGAUAUUGAAUGUAGUCUCCUCAUCACAUAAGAGAACACCUCCAUUUUCUCAGCGCGCCGAACACUCCGGAACACUCUGGAACACAAGAUGGUUCCCGCGGAAUUACCCUAUGGCUGCUACACACAUGCAGACGUACGCCCAACAGGGAAGGUGUUCUACCUUUAAUUUUUUUGCAAUCGUUCAGUGUCAUUCAGUUUGAUCACUGAUUGAUCACUUAAUAGUGACUCCACUCCCCCAUAUAUGAGUUUGUGCUGAAUUUCCAUGUGACUAUAACCAAGUGUGUGUUUUUUUAAAAUUAUUAUUAUUUAAUUGGGUUGUCAGUAGAUACACACAUAUAUUCUAUGAGAAAGAUAGCAUGCAGCCAAAAUGUGUUUUUUUUAAUGUGACUUAUUAUGUGAAAACGGUACACAUCUAGCACCAGUGCCCUUGGACGAUAGCUGCUGCUAGGAACAUGUGCAUUCUCCGAGCCCAUCUUCUCAUGAAAAUGUCGAAUAAAGCACUGUGAUACUGAAAGCCUUUCAUAGUUUUUAGUCCAUUAUGAAAUGGCCGGCUGCAUUUAAAGAUAUGGUACUCUGUGGUGCAGUAUUCUGGAAGUGUGGUACUAGAUUAUAUUGGAUGUUAACAUUUUACAUUUUGGUAUUCUUUAUAAAGCCGUUUUGGAUCAAGUUUACUGAUUAUCUUUUAAUAUCUGUGAACCUCUGUCGUAUGUGUCAGAUGGGCUGACCUUUGAGGCCUGUCACGCGGGCUUAUUUACUGUUAAUGCUUGGGCCUGGCUCCAAGGCUAUUAGGUACUUUGUUCCCCAGUGACAGGCCACUUCUAGCUCUGUGGUUCAGUAAAUACAUAUCUACUCUUUACCAGAUGGCUGCUGUAAUUUUGAAGCAAUGCGAUGGUGCUGAACAUUGUCUUUUGCGCGUAGCACUGUAUUGCUGUCUGACCAAACUUGAUGUUUACUGAACAUUAUCAAUUUGUAUCACCAUAUAUCACCAACCAGUCAUUUCAUUAAUUUUUUAUUUAUUUUUUAAUACGCAUUCCACCAAAUGAUUUCUAAGGCUGUGGGCAUGGAGCUAAAGAUGGCUUGGACCCUCUGUAAGGUCUGAGUUUGCUUAAUAUUAUACAAGUAUACCUGAAGUGUUAAAAUUCAUACUUGGCUGCUUCUGUAAAUGUGUCUAAUUUUGGAACUUACUUGUGAGGGUGUGAAUCAUUUGUAUGGAAGCUUGUGCUUAGUAUUUAGCCAACAGCAGAUGUGUUCUUUGUCACACAUAUACUUUUUUAUGAUCUCCAAAGACAUGGAAUAUUUAAAAAUUAAUUAUAUUACAAAAGAAAAAUUGUUGACUUGAGGUAUCCUGUACUAGCAUGAACAUUUACGCUAAUUGUACUUUUUAGAACGUAGAAUUACUUGUUUUUUUGUCUCUAACUGGUGACUUUAUUUGGUCCCCCCCAAGACCAGAUACAUUCCACGCUAAGCGUUCUUGUUAAUGUGUUCCAAAGCCGUACAGCAUUAAAUCUGGGCUGCAGCCAGAAAUAUUACUAUUUCAGUAAUCUUUUAUAUAAAUUAGCUCCAACAGUGUAUGCUAUUAUCCGGCCCAAUCAGCUCUCCUGUGUUAGUUGCCAUAGUUAUAUUUUGCUAAAGAUUCUCCUUUGAACGGGUUGCGUUUGACCACAUAUACAAGCUGUGCCACAUCUUCAUCAUUAAUAGAGUAAGACUGAAAAACUUGGAAACAGAGCACUCUAUAGAUUUGGGAGGUGAAUGGAGCAGACGGGAGACUGACAUGGAGCGUGUGGUCAGAGGUGCGAGUACAUGCUGUGACCCUGAGUUAACGGGGCCUUUUCGCGGCCUUACACACCGCCUACCAAUCGGAGCUCUGUCCAGUAGCUCACUGGACACAGACGCCAGCCAUUUCUUGGUAUUCCGUAGCAGAGAACUUAAUUAGCCACCAGCCAGAGCUCCAUAUAAUAAAUAAAUAAACAUGAAUGACUUCUUUGAGGGGGAUCUCCCUGCUCUUAAACUUGCCUUUAGCCACCUAAUGAAGAAUGUAUCAAGAAUUUCAGAAUCUGAGCCUUUGGGGGGGGGGGGGGGGGGUGCGGUGGGUAUUGCAAAACAUAUUUCAGUUUGCCUCCAGUUUGGUUUUUUCUAGAACAUUGUCACUUUGUUCUACACUCGGUUAUUCUGUUCCAUUUCAAAAACCUAGUGCCAAUGUUUUAUAAUACAUUGACUUAAUUUAUGGCUUAAGAAAUGUACGCCACGUACUCUUUGCUUUUGCUGCAUAAGAUUACAUGGGGACAGUAGGUACAUAGACACUCAGCAAUUAAACAAAAUGGUUUGCUUCCACUUAACUUCACCCUGUCACCAUCAAGACUAUAUUAUGUACCUCCAGUCAUUCAUACGUGGUCUAAGAGUAUAAUUGUUUUUAAGUAAAUUAAUAUUUAGGAUGCAAAAGGAAAAAAAUGAAGGAUAUAUAAAAUGAAGUGUGUGAACGUUUUUUGCCUGUGCCUCCUCAGAAUAGUUUUAUGUAUGUUUGAGCUUGUGGUUGAGUCAGUGCAAAGCAUAUUGCUAUGUGCAGUUAAUGAAUGCUAGAGGAUGUGUGGAAUGCGGACGCCAGGAUGUGAAGUAACGUGGGACUUGUUUGCAAAUGGCGCUAUACGAAAACAAGGUGUGAUUGAUUUAUUGAACGAUUGAUGCUGAGAAUAUGACAUUGAAGACUGAGGAAAGUGACUUCACAUCGAUGCUGAGAUACAACAAUCAGAAUGAGGAUUGAGACUGAUGGUUUUACAAUGUGCGCUUGCUUUUAAUAGGACUUCCUUUUAGAAGGAAGCUUUGUAAGCCCCUCUCCCACCUUUAAAUGACCAGGGCCCACCUUAGAAGACUGUUAUCUCACAGUCUAUCCUAUAGUUUGUGACUGUGAAUGGUUUCUUUGCUCCUCAUUUAUUAAGCUAUAAAAAAACUAUGUAUUCUCUAUUUUUAAUACUUUGUGAAGCCAAAAAGGAAAAAAAAAAAAGUAAAUUAUAUUUGUUCGAAGAGCCUAGAACCAGUUGAAUCAGGAUGUCUAAGACUGUUUGAUUUCUCAUCAACCCCUACUCAUCAUCUGCAACAGCUUGUGUGAGCUGCAGGAAAAACUUAAGUGAUUAUAUUGCAUAACAUAAAUUAAUAUUAUGUUAAAACAUUUUUUUUGUGUGUGUUCCAUGAAUGUAUGCUGUGUGUGUCCCAUUGUCUUGCGUUCUAUAAAGUAGUGUAACAUGCAUGUGAGAGAGUGACAGUGAAAUCCUUCUGGUAAUGUCAUCAGCUGAUGACUCCUAUGUCCUAUGUUUUUAACGUUUUUUUUUUUCACUGUUGAUGCCGAUAAUAAUGUGUACAACAUUACAUAGUUAUUAUUAUUAUUGUACAGUGUACAAUCAUGAACAUGUAAAACUAACAGGCCUUUGUAAGACAAAAUAGCCACAUCUUGAUAAUGCUCCAAGACAAGGUGGCAGUGAGAGGUAGAUUUUCUGGACUAUCUGAGCAGUGUGAAGUACGUUAUUUAUAUUGCAAAAAUUUUUCUGUGAAGUACUGUUGUUACUGUGCCACUUAAUGUGAUGAAUUACAUCAUUGUUAUUUUUUACCCAUGACCUGUUGUAAGGCGUCCUAAUGCCGUGCUCUCAGAUAUUACUUAUCUUGAUUGAGUUUUACAUUGAGCAUUGAGAGUGGGACUAUUUCCGCGUACCUAUCUGUGAGAGAUCUUGAUUUUCUCAUGAAGCUACUGUUCUGUUGGACUCGGCAAUCAGUGAUUUUCAUAAAACGACAUGUGAAUUUGUGUGAAAAUAAAUGUUACACGAUGUUACACAUGGUGUACACUAGUA